CUCACCAACCCGAAAUCAUAAACCCUAAAGCCAAAAUACAGAACUCAAGACUGUAAUUCACAGCGAGAGAUAGACAGGGAGCGAAAAUGGUUCUUCUUGAUAAGCUCUGGGACGACGUUCUCGCCGGGCCUCACCCUGAAAAAGGCCUCGGUAAGCUCCGAGGAAAGAUGUCCUCCAAACCCUUAGUCAUCAACCCCCCAGGUGGAGAAGGGGAGAGCAGCGGGAAGGUUUACCAGCGAUCGUCGUCGUUGCCGGCGACACCGACGACGCCGAUCACGCCGGUGACGCCCGUAUCUCCUGCGACUUCAACGGCGAAGAAAGCUAAUGUUUGGCGAAGCGUCUUCCACCCUGGAAGCAAUAUUAACACCAAGGCGCUCGGAUCAGAUCUGUUCGAUAAACCGCAACCCAAUUCUCCCACUGUUUAUGACUGGAUGUAUAGUGGUGAGACAAGGAGCAAGCACAGGUGAAGUGAAGGAAUUUUACAGUUUGGUCUGAGAAGAGUGAAGAAAUGUCUUUGGAGAGCAAAGCAUCUUGUAAAUAGAAGAAGCUGUUGUGUUUGGUCUUUAAGCAUAUGCUGCUGCCUGGUUAAUAUUUGGAGUGUUUUGGAGGGUUUGUAAUGUAAAUAUUUGUUUUAUCGGUAAUAAUAUAAGAAGAAAUUAUGGGUGAA